AUGUAUUUAUUACCUUCUCUGCUCGCUGUAUCACUGCUCCAACAGGCGGCCGCCCAGCUGCACAGUGCCAUUUCCACAGGGCCACACCGGUCUUCCCACGGCCUGAAAAAGCAAACAAAAUACGAAACAGCAGACAGCGCCGGGAGACCCAGCGUUGAGAGUGUAACGGAGGCUGUGGUGUCCGCUGUACUGGAGCUUGCAAUGAAAGGAGCAGCAAGGAACGCGCCCACGGCCUUUUCUUCGCCUACACAGGCCUCUCAGGAUGCGUUUGCUUGGUCCUGGCCCUCCAAAACGGCGCAAACACACGCGUUAAGGAGAGAAGGGACCCUGGGUCUUUCCGACGCUACCAGCAGUAGAGCUGCACUAAUCCUCAGCGAGUUGCAGCUGUAUGCACGGGCACUCCAUAGACAUGCAUUUAGCCCUUUGCAUCUCUUCGGAGCUGGACCUCAGGGGUACCCAGGUUCCGGGCUGCUCAAGGAAGGUGCUUAUACUCCAACGAUAACCAAACCCCCCCUGAAAAGCGUCAGCGAACAACGUGCAGGCAGGCGUAGUGGUGGACAAACAAAGCAGAAAGCCCAGAAACAGCAUUCCUUGUCCCACGCUGUGGAGUCAGAGGAAAGGAGUCCUGGCUGUGCCAGUUUACUAAAGUCCUUAGGGCAGGUGCAUGCGGAAUUGGGGGCAGCAACAGGCGCCUUAUGUGCCAUUGAGUGGGAUCAACAACAGUACCUCCCUCUUACAUUGGAGCCUGGCAGUCUGGGGGCCUCCCAGGAGGUUGGUGGGAAGCCACGGAAGCAGCAGAGGCAACAGCCAUCUGCGCCUGUGGCUAAGAGAGGGCACAGAGCAGGUGACCUGCACCAUCUCUCUCCUGCUAAGCUCUGCACAGAACAGGAAUAUACACAAGCCCAGGAGCAUCAGAAGCAACGCCAGAAAGAAGAGCAACAACAGGGACGGCGUCGCGCACGGGAUCACUCCCAGCCACCUCGUACUGGCGCAGCCUCAACAGCACUGGCAAACCAGGAGGUAGACUUUCGAGGAACAGCUCAGUGUGGCAGCAGCUGUGCCCGCCGCUCUGCGAGUCUGCCCACAUGGGUGAGGGCGAGUCCGUUUAAUCCAAACAGGGGGCCUACAGCAUCGGAGGUAGCAGCCGUCCCAGCGGUUACCACAGCCACUGCCAAGACACGAUCGGAUAACUCGGCCACAGAUGGAAUUGCCGCUGCUGCAGUCUUAGUAAAUGAUCCCUGGACACACACAUGCUUAUCUACAGCAACAUCCCAGGUCUUUCCCGCAGCUACCGCUGGUGAAGGCGGUUCCAUUCCGAUGGAGUCUGAGGACCCCGCGGCGAAAGGCCUAGGAGCAGCAGCUGGCGAGGUAGUAGCUACUUCCAGAAGGAGACCGCCAUACUUGCAAAGAAUGCACUUUUGCGUGGAGAGACUCCAGCCGAGCAGCGGCUGCUCGCGGCUACCGGAACAAGACUGGCAGCGACAGCUGCUUCAGUAUAUGCAACAGCAGCUUGAACUACUACAAGAGCAGCAGCAAAGCCAGCAAGCCAUCUUACGUCAACAUUUUCUGCUGCAGCAGCAAUUGCAGCAGCCUGUCGACGCCAUAAAGAAUCAGCAAAAAGCGUCAGAUGGUGCAUCUGGUGGCGCGGUAGAAAGUGACCUUAGACAGCAACAAAUAAAACAGCAGCAGACUCAGCCGCUGCACAGCGAAGGGGCUUCCAUGACUCCCAAAGGGAGUCCAAAAGCUGCGUGCUACUCGACAGCUCAGACAGAAAAACCACAGCAGCAGAAAUGGAAGGACAUAGAAGCUGCUGCUGAUGGGUCCUGGCAGAAGGCGACGGGGUUUUCCCCACAGAGCGGUGCACAGCGUCGCGUUCAGCACGCCGGGGAGGCCAGCAGAGCAGCCUUACCACAAGCGCGGUGGACAGCUCCAGUAUGUACAGCGGACUGCCAGCACACGAGUCGCAAAUGUGCAGCCUGUCACCCAGAAGAAAACACUGCCGGUCAGUGCUUCGGCGUUGGCGGCAGCAAAGUUCGAUCGUCCGCAAGCCCGAGUUCUCGUCAGGAACAGAGGCAGCGGCCGAAACAAAAGUCGAAGGAGCAGCAAGAACCCCAGCUAUUGGUGCUGGCUCUGCCGUGUAGCGCUGGGAAAGAAGUUUUGGUGUGUAGCCCGGCGUCGGACGGGGAACGGGGGAGGCUGCACAUAUCAGAACAGCAGCAAAGAUCUUUGAUGCAGCUGAUAAGGGGCCGCAUGAAUGGCAACUGGAAGCUGGUUGAAGAAAGUGCUAGCGAUACAACACCUUGGGGUAGUACUUUCCGGAGUUCUCAUAAGCAGCCCAAGACGAGUGCUUCGGAAGGCGGAGGCAAACAGCACGUGCUCAAGCGAUUGCAGCAGCUCAGCGGGGGAGCGGGCCAGCGGCAAGCCGCUACAGCAACGUAG